AUGCCCAAUGCCACCUUUAUCGCGGCCACUCAAGGCAAAGCUGAUGCAUUUCGCUCCCUCAACAAAUGGAUUGAACCCAACGAAAUCCUUGCCGCUCAUACUAUCCCUACUAACCUUCUGAACCGCCAGGGACUAACACUGUUAGAAAGGAAAGCCCUGGAGGAAGCAGAAGACUCAAGCAUCACUCAAGAAGCUCAACCUGCCAAGGAAAGUGGACGUUUGCAAGUCCUAGGGUUUUAUGAUGCUCUGAAUACUAUUCUUGCACGCGCUACUCAGGACGAAGACAAUGAAGACAACUGCCACCCAAACAGAAUCCAAGAAGUUUCCCCAUCUCGUUCUAAUGCCUCUACCCGUCCUCCUUCAUAUGACUCAUCCAACCCUUCUUCUGUACCCCCGGCUUCUCGGGACAGUGUCUCGAAUGUCGACGGUACCUUCGACAUCUUCUUUAUCCGACCACUUUCAACUGGAGGACCCAUGCUUAUCCCACCAUCACCAUCUAUGACGCCAUCAUCAAUCUUUCCUUCAACUCCUCCCAACUCCAACUCCAGCUUCUACAACAACAAGGCUAUGCCGUCACUAAUGCCUUCAAAUAAAUAUGUUUCUCCACCAGCAGAGCCUCCUCCCAUCAAACCAAAACUGGCACAUGCCAAAGCAUCUAUCUAUGAGGAAGACGUACCUAUGCUCAGUCUUUCUGCAGAAUCGUUCGAACCCACAACUGGUGAUAUCCCUUACCAUGGCCAUUUGCGCGCUGAUGGGAGGACCACAAUCUUGUUCGACAGACUGACAAAUGCUCAUGCUGAACAGUACCUUACCUCUACCUAUGCCCAAUAUAAUGAUUAUCAUUCUGUUUACAUCCCUAACGUGAUCCACACCAUUGAGUCUUUCUGUUCCUGCCAGGUCAACAUCAUCUCCAAUGACUGGAAUGUCCACAUGUUCCGAGAUGGGACAUAUGCUGGUCAUCCUGUUAUUUCUGGGGGUAUUAAACUCCCCAUGGGCGGUCCUCGUUUAGGAAGAACAUGGCAGGAACGCAUUCCUGAACUCCGUGACCACCGAGCACACAUGCGCCACAUAAUUAAUGUUCUCGACACCGUCUUAUCCACUCGCAUGCUUGCCGAAGCCACGACUCAUGCAAAGACUAUCAAGUGUGAUAACCUCUUGCAUAUCCAAGGGGGCCUUACUGAAAAACGCCUGAAUGCCUAUGCUGCUGCUGCCGAAGCACAUGGAGAGCCAGAGCUCGCUUCGAAGAUCCUAGAUGCCCUACUCAUGCCUUUCCCCAACAAAGAUAUUGUCAGCACCCUCACUGAAUCACAAUUUCUCAACAUCGGAACUUCCCAAGAUAUACUGCGCCUCACACAUGAGCGAGAUCUUGUACUUGGCAUCACAUGCACCGGACUUGCUAUUGUUGCUACUUCCCCUUUUCGCUCCAAGAAAUUUGACGACCUUGGAUUCUCAAAUGAAUGGUAUAUACUCUCGGAUAUUAACGAAGAGGAUGAGGAAGACCAACACUCAAAAUCGAAAAAGUUCUUUCUCUAG